ACCAUUUUUACUUAUCUGUCCUUCGCUAUGAUGUUGGUAUUAUAAUCUUGUUUAAGCUGUUUUACAGCAUAAAUAAAGGAGGGGGGGUGAGCUUUAGCUUAACUUCAAUCAUACAGGUAAAGGUAAUUAAAAAACGAGUAAUGUUAAAGGAGAAAAAGUGAAAAUAGGAUCAAACGUAAUAGUGGAUACACCUGUGCUUUCUCGUUUGUUCAAUUUGUGCGUCUUUUUUUGUCUCGUUUCUCCUCCACCGUCCCCCAUUUGACCUAGAAAUCAGUGUCAUCUGAAGGGUCUCUCAAUUUCUGAAAUUAUUCUGGAGUAAAGAGGACAGUGGAGACGUAUCAGAGGAUGUGUGUGUUAUAGAGUCUAGAAAGUGUGGCACACAGCUGGAACAUACAAGGAAGGAGAACUCCUCAAACAACUCCUCUGUACUCAUAUGUUGUUUCAGUUAUUUGAAAUGAUCAAACUGUUUGCCCUCCAUUGUUUACGUGUUCGAAAAAAAGGUAAGAAAUCUCUUCAUAAUUAAAAUUAACCCUAAAUAUCAUGAGCACUGUUACACUGUACAUCAUAAAAUGCAGCCGUGGGCAGGCUAAAUGAUUAAUAAAGCAGCUGUGUCAACUAUGAUAACUUUAUUAUGCAACUGACAAAAUGAUUGCUCAGAGGGUUGGUUUGUCUACUCCUGUCUUCCUCGUGCCCGUGGGCGGGCGAAGAGACUCUGACUGUAAACUACACCCCAGCUGUCAUGCACUUCUCCAAAGUCCUGAGUGCAUUUUUUCCAGAGAAUGUGUUCCAUCGAGGUGAAGGGCAAGUAAUUAGGGACGGAAAUACUGUUUUGGACAGUAACGACGAAGAUGACGCUCUCAUUAGCGACAUAUUUGUUAUUUUUACAUCUCUGUAAUUGGGCUAUGGGGAACGUUGAUCCUUCUCCGAGGAUGAUCUUCACAGAAAAAGAAAAAGCAAUGACACGGUUCAGUCUUCCCCAUGACCCACCUGUACAGAUUCUUUUAGAAGACCAAUCAGACACUGUUUUAGCUGCUGGACAAUCAUACCUGAAUACCUACAACUUUCAAAACCAUAAGACGAGCCACAAGUUUAUGCAGUGGGAGAAAUGCAACAGCAUAAGCAGUGAACAUGAUUGCAGCUAUAACAUCACUUUGGUCCACCGGAAGAAAGAUGCUAACCAGUUGUUUGUGUGUGGAACAGAUGGCAAUGAAAGGGUUUGCUGUAACACGGAUUUAACAGUGGAGGCCCCCAUGUGCCUUCCCUCUGAAAAUAUCGCAGACUUAAUAGAAAGUAUAGAAAGAUUUAACAUAAAGGAGGGUGAACCAUCAGUUUUUAUAGAUUCUGAACAGAGUGCAGCUCUCUACAUAACACACUCUGGAUCUGAUGAAUCUGUUGGUAUUCAGAAAUUUGGUAAAGCAGGAGUGGGGCCAAAGAACCACGAUAAAGAGCAGCAUUAUGUAGGAUUGGUGCUCAGCAAACGUGAAGAGGAUCCCUCCCAGAACAGAGUUUAUGGCUUCUAUAGGGAGAAAAGCAAAGACAAUGGACUGUUCCGUGAAAUGUGGCUCCCCUUUGUGACCCGGGUUUGCAUGGCAGAUGUUGGUGGUCCCAAGAACAAUUUGCAGUUUACCUGGACAUCCCAGAUGAAUGCCAGGCUCUUCUGUGGAGAUCGUAACAGAAAACAGCAUUUCUCUGAACUGGUGGAUGUUUCCACUGUGGAUGCAGAUCGAUGGCAGGAUAGAAAGAUCUAUGCACUCUUUAGAAAUGAAUGGGGGAUGAGUGCUGUCUGCAUCUACACAAUAGGAGACAUUGACAAAAUCUUCACAAACUCCCCAUUCAAAGGCUACACAAAAGCUGAGAUGGACAGGCCAAGGAUGUGCGUUGAUGAUAGCACCAAGCUUCCAGUGGAAACCCUGAAGAAGAUUGAAAAGACUUCAGAGAUGGAGCAGCUGGUUCAUCCUGUGGGAAACUCUGGCCUUCUUCUCUUCAAUCACCAGAGCUAUACUCACAUCCAAAUUGAUGGCUCACCAAACAGGAGAACCAGUCACCACACUGUUAUCUUCUUAUCUUUAAACAAUGGAGGAAUUCAUAAAGUAUUGCACAAUAAAAAUGAUACCUUUCUCAUUGCUGAGUUUCGACCAUUCAACUACACAGAACAGAUCAGCUUCAUCCUUCACCCAUCUUCUAAAAAGCUGUAUGUGAACAAUGGAAGUCAACUGGUCCAACUUGAUGUAGCAGACUGCUCCCAGUAUGGAGAUACCUGCCAGGACUGUAUGUUAUCCAGAGAUCCUUACUGUGGCUGGGAUGGCACCCAGUGCAUACGUGACACAAAUGGGAUAUGGCAUGAUGCAGCCACUGGGAACCUAGCCAUCUGUCAAGAACACGCUGAAAAAGAAUUUCCAAAUCCAGAAAAAGAUGUUGUCAGAUUUCACGCAAAGCAUUUUCUGCAAUGCCCAAUAUCCUCCCGUCAUGCUCAGUACAGUUGGCACCACCUUCAAAACUCUUCAUCUUGCAUCGGGAAGCCAGAUCAUUGCCUUUAUUUGAUCAACAGCAUGGGACCUGAGCAGGAAGGAACUCAUACCUGUGUAUCAGAAGAAAUGGGUUACAGGAAAAUCCUGGCACAGUACCAACUACAGCUGGGGAACAAGGUGGUUGGUUUACAGUCAAAGCCAAUGAUCUGGGUUUGUGUCAUGGUGGUUCUGAUUCAGAUGUUGUGAUGUUAGUUCCUCAGAGUUGUGAUACUAUAAAAAAAAAUUCAUUAUUCUUUAAUUUAUUUUUAUUUUUUUUAACUAAAAUAAAACUCUAUUACUUCUAAUACUUUGAGCUGCAGCUCAGGAUGUAGAGCAAGCCAUUAUUGUAGAGUUUUGAUAUCUGGUUUCGCAAAUGUCCUUGGACGAGAUCAAUUGCCACCAAUGCAUUCAUUAGCGUGUGUGAGAGAGAUAGAUUAAAAAACAAACUGCAGUUAUACAGCCACGCUCCAAAGCUUUUCUUUUUUUGAGGGGCUAAUUCAUUCAUUUUUUUCUUCUUAUGGAAAAAAUAUAUUGAAUAUCAGUUGGACUCAGGCUUGUUGACAGUAUUAAAAGCUGAAGUUCAAUGGUAUAAAAUGCUGUCUGUGGUAAUUUUUAGAAAUUAAUUGCAGUGUUGCAUGCAGUACAUGCACGCAUGUCAAUCAAUAUUGAUUGAUUCAUUUUUUUUUUAUUCUUUCCUGUAACUGUUGCAUCUGUUUCCUGUAAUUUGAAAUUCUGCCAGAAUGUACACAGUGCACGUUAUAAAUUUCCGGCCAUGUGUCUUAGCUCAUGUAGAUUUCCAAACACUGACCCAGUUUCUGUUUGUUCAGAGUUCGGUUAAUAAAGAGAAGAAACACUCAGACACUUUUCCCCUAUUUUUGAGUGAAACCUGAUCAUAAAUUCCAAGUAGAAAGGUAAGACUUUUGACCUCACAGUGCUUUAGGAUAGCAAGCAAGUUGCUGCUUUUCAAAUCCUUAACCUGGCAGUACAAAUGAAGCUACAAACAAAACAAAAAGAGAUUUAAUUUAUCACAUUUUUGCAGUUACGUGAGUCCAAAGAAAUACCACAUCUAAACAUUUCAACCAUCUUUUCCACAUAUAAACUAAAGGAAAUAAACUGCAAAUGUUUACAACAUGCGUCUGUCUUUUUCAGAGUCUCUCAUGUUAGUGUCUGAUGAUAAACAACUCCAAACAUGUUACCA